AUGAAAUUAAUUUAUUGCGGCGUUCUUUUUCUUAGAAGGGUUUAGUGCAAAGCAGCAAAAAACGCCAAAGAAAAAAGAAAUCAUUGCAGCGUUAUAGAGCAUUAAGCGACAACUGUAUGGAAAAUAAAGUGUUUGUAUCCAAGAAUGACCGGUCAAAAUGACCGGCAAGACCGCAGUUUGACCGGUCAAGUCCGCGAUCAGGCCGGACAUCUCCGCUGACCGGCCGUUAUUUGCAGCCCUGUAGGCGACGCGGUGUUAGAGGAUUUUCGUGGAAAAGAUUGUGCCUUUGUGGCCAAUUGGUUACGAGGAAAGGGCUUAAACAAGCUUUGUGCCGUAUUUGAAGUAUUUAAAUUUUAAAAUUUUUAAUACUGGAUUCUGGUGAGGCUUUGAAUGUAUGAAUGUAGUUUUUUGUUGUGUUUACAAUGAAAUACAAUACCUAUACCGGCGAUUCAAUACAACAACAUAAAAUAAAAUAAAAUAAAAAGCUCAGGUCAACCACUUUGACCUACUGCAAGUAUGUUAAUUAAUAAGGUGAGCGAUGAUGCGUGUCAGUGAAAUGGUCAUGAUGUAGUAAUCUCAAUAGGUGGGAUCUUUUUUAUAUAGAACGCUCUGUAUGUUGCAUGACGAGGAAAAGCUGAGCAUUCAGUGACCUUGUAGCAGCGAUUUCUGCCGCUUUGCACGAGACUUGUGUUCGUAGUAAAUACGCUAACAGUGUUUCUCAGUUUUUAUUAUAUUUAUAAAGAUUUUGUUCGACAACUAAAGACGUUUCCGCCGUCGUUCUGUCAUUUUUGUGCCUGUGAAAUGUCCCCAGGGUGGGGGCAUUUGAUGGGGCAUUUGAACGGCAUUUUGGCCCGGGUCGGGGUCGGGUCGGGUUGGCCCGGGUCGGGGAAUUUGAACAAUAAUUUUCAAAAAAGUCAAAUGCCCGGAGGCUUGCCCGGGGGGGGGGGAUGUUGAAGCUUCGAUUUGACCGAUACAUAAAAGGCUUUUUAAUACCUUGGUUUUUUAUUGCUGGAGAAAUUGACCUACCAUAACAAAUUUAUUAUUGUUAUUUGAUAAUUUGCUUUAAGUCCUAUAUUACUAAAUAAUUUUCUGGAUUAAGUCAAAUCAAACACAGCUGUCAGAAUGCUAUCCAGAUUUCAAAGAUGAAUUUUAGUUCGAACAGGAUCUUAAGAAUUUGUGGAAUUAGCAGAAUUUAAAUGGCUAUGGUUAUCGGACUUGCCAAGUCUAGGGGUGGCGAAUGGUACCUCGUCAAACAUGGGUCUCGGAAAAUUUUGGCAGGAUCUCGAAAUCUCGGAAGCGUUUUUGACAAGUCUCGAAAUCUCGUUUUUGCAUGGUUUGUUUUUACUUUUUUUGAGUCUCGAAACUUUUUACCAAAGAGUCUCGGGCUCGGAUUUCUAACUAGGAUCGCGGCGUCUCGGCGAGUCUCGGAUUUUACCAUUCGCCACCCCUAAGUCUCACCACUUUGUCGUGAGUCUGACGGUUUUACGACCUAUUUCAAGCUCUCGUGAUAAGUUGACAACUGGUUUAUCAUGCUUUAACGAAAAGUCAAACUCCAAAAGAAUUUUGGAGUUGUAGGGUUUAUUUCCAAGUUAGAUAUCAAUACAUGUCCAGCUCAAUCCAAAAAAAUCGCUUAGCAGUCACAUUUGAUUACAUUCUUUUAGCCUACCACAACUUGCUGCUACCACCAAAUGUGCAGACUUACUGUUUCUCUUGUUUCAAGAUGGCCACCAACAAAACAUAGAAAUUACAAAACCUAAAUUGUAAAAUUGCAGAUUGUGGUGUUUACUGAGCUGCAGCUUUGAAGUGAUGUGUGACUUCCAAUUACCCAUAAUCCCCACUGGAAGUCCUUUCUGUAGGAAAUUUGGGACAUCUCAUGACUUUUUACCCAUUUCUCACCACUUUUCCCAGCUCUAGGUUCAGGAGUCUCACAUAUUUUCAAUUUUGCCUUUUGGGGGUUGGCAAGUCUGGGUAAUUGUCAUGAAUUUUUCAGAAAAUGAUAAAAUGGAUACUUACACUUACCUUGUCUUUUUGAUAGAAGAUGAUUCAGUCAAGGUUUAAUUAGUUUCACAUACUUGGCUAAAAGAACAAGGAAUUUUCACACCAAAUAUUUUUCUUGUUUGAAUGCAAACAAUACUUGAAAGUGAUUAGGAUUGUUGACUGGGGGGAGCUGUUUCAUGGCUUCAUUUCAUAUCAAAACAACUUGUAUCAAAGUGACUUUAAGUGUCGAAACCACGCUUCAGGUUUCCACCUUAAGGCCGCUUGAAAGAGAGUGAAAAUAAGUUAGAGUGAAAAAUUAAUUUUGCCAUAUAGCUUGCAUUGGUCUAAGAACAAAAACGUUAAUGAAAAUCAAUCAUGCUUUUUGUGACUAGUAUUGUGCCUGGGAAAUUUUGAAACAUGUUGAGCUACAUAUUUAUGUGUGGCAAAAAGGGUCUCUUUGUGGCAAAUUAAUUUGUGCCAUUUCUCUACUGGCCUACAAAUUUAAUAGCUUUGUAAGAAAUUAAUUCGAUCAGUAUUUGGUAACUAGAGAUAGAGACUUGUUGGUUUUAAGUUGACCAUGCUUGGUCUACUGAAUGGUCCUGACUACAACAGAGAAAUGGUGAUAUGUAUGUAAAACUAGUAAACACAAGUUAUUUUUUAGGUAGAUUUGAAGAAACUCAAUACCUGUCUAUAAAAAAUAUGCAAGGAAAGCAACAAGUGUUUCAUCUCGUAAAAUACAUGUAUGGGCAAAGCCAGGGCAGGUUACUGGAGGUUAUGAAACUACCUCAUCUUCUUGACUAUGAUAAUUUUUUUAUGAGAAAAAAAAAACGCACCAAAAGGCCCCCACUUUCUGCCACAUUACAUUCUGUAAGUCAAUCUUUGCUGUUCAAAAGAUGUUAUUCGGGCAAUAACUCUUGCAGGUGUUCCUGGUCAAAUGAAUUGGAUGCCGGCUCCUCAGGCACCAAUGGGUUGCCCUCCUGGAUUGGAGUAUUUAACUGCCAUUGAUCAAGUGCUUGUGCAACAACAAAUUGAGCUUUUAGAAGGUAUGUUGUUUAUGUAUUCUUCUUACCUAAACAACUUACAGAAGUUUGUAGUUUAUGCUUAGUCAUAUAUAUGCUGUGGUUCAGUUUUAUCCUUGGUUUAAUUUUAAUUUUUCCUUGUUUCAAACUCUUUAUCACACACGUACAUUAUUAUGCCCCAAAACAAAGGAAAAUAAAAUUCAAACCAAGGAAAACAACAUAGACCACAUUAUACAUUAUACCUGUACAUGACUCAUGGUGCAAAGAAAGUCAGCCAGCAAAAGUAAUAGCCCAAAAGUCAUUCUAACUAGCUCGAACAAAAUUGCUGAUGAGCAGAACUCUCUGAUUAAAGAAAACUUCACUUUCCCAUUGGGCAAGUUAAGAACAGAAUUCACUUAGCCUGGUAGCAUUAUCCACUAACCAUGGUAUUGUUUUCGUUUCGCUGUUCUUCAAGACUCAUUUGAUUCUCAGUGUGUCUCAGUAUUUUAACAAUUCCAGUUAAUUAGCGUUCACGUGUCGAAGUCGGGCUCGCCUCUUUUCUCUUCUACAUUUCGAGGAUUAAUAGAAUGAUUCGCUGAAAAAGGAAAACCCAAAUAUCCUGAUGAGAAAUUCAUUCAAAGGAUGAAAAACUCUUGGAAAAAACUACUUACACUAGUGUGAAUUGUCUCUGGGUCUUCGGUUUCUAAAUUUGAAUUUUUCAAAACUAAACUUUAAAACAUAGCGCUCGAAUGCAAAAAUACCCUUAGGGAAUUUAGGGGAUGCAUUGUUAUCGGCAACAGAGUUAAUUUAUAACACACAUAGGGCUAUCGGACACUACUUUCUUUGCACUUAUGGCUGUGUAAAAUAAUAUACUUUUGAAACUUAUGGUUUUCUCUUCAAAUAAAGAUCGAAAUCUAUCGCCAGGAGAAAAAUGAGCCUUUUUUACUUUUCACAUGCCAGCUCAUACCCUGAAAAUGUAGCCUCUGCUCCCAGUGUAAAACAAAGGGGAAACCAGUAAAAAGACAUGGAGGACAAGUUUAUUCUUUUAGCUUGAAUGUUACUUAGCAUAAUUCAUGACCUAAUACUUUAUUAUAAGAAUUUAUUUAUUAGCAUUAUUUUACAUGUACUGUAUCGGUAUUCAAUCAUUCUGAGGCUUUGUGUUAUUUUGGGAAUGAUGUUCAAGUCAGCUCUCUUUUUUUCACUGAGCUCUCCAAUUCUUAGUGACUCUUAUGUGACCUUUUUCCAUAUUAAAGCUUUUGUGGGAUUUGAGACCAACAACAGGUACAAGAUAUGUAAUUCCAUGGGUCAACAGGUCUACUUUGCUGCUGAAGGUAUGUUUAAUAAGUCAAACAAUAUAUUAAUGUCUAGCUUGGGACCAGGCUCCCCAUUGUGGGAAAAAGGAGCAAAUAUCAGUGUUGGAUACCGUUCGUCUCGCUUCACUCGCCAAUAUUUUUCCUAUUUGACCCCGUUUUUUGCCUUUUUCCCCCACUGCGCGGCCUGGUUCCAACUGGCUACUUAAUGUCAUUUUUUGUUUGUUUUUUUUUUUUUAAGAACUCUAAUACAGCAGUAGCAAUUAAAUUGACAUAAGAUAUGCUUACAUAAAAUAAUUAUACUUACGCAUCUUCAGACACCGACUGCUGUACUCGGCAAUGUUGUGGCCCUGGUCGUCCAUUUGAGAUGAAAAUUUUAGACAACAUGCAAAGAGAAGUCAUACACUUGUCCCGACCCCUCCGGUGCCAGUGCUGCUGUUGUCCUUGCUGUCUUCAGGAAAUAGAAGUCCAGUCCCCACCCGGGACAGUCAUUGGAUACGUGGAACAAAAGUGAGCUAUUUUAACUGAGAUCCUUACAGUAAAACUCAGAAAACUGUGAACACCUGAAAAAUUUCAUUUAUGUGAUUGUGUAGUGACCAAAUUACAAUAAAGUUCAGGAUUACAUGCCAGCAAACCUUAAAACCACAAACUAGUUACUGUUGCUGUCUAAUGCAGGUUAGUUUUGUGGUGCCUUUUUGGCUUUUACCUUGCAACAUAUCAUAAAAAUUUCUGGCGUGUGAGUUUCACAAUAAGUGUGUUCCCAUAGGCCAAGAUCUAGUCUGGCAUUUAAAAUUACAAGUAGUACUAAAAAUUAAUUGAAGUGAGUAAUGCUAGUAUAAACAACUGCAUUUUAGAAUUGAGCUUCAGGAAGUUGACAGACUAUAUCCUAUAACUCUUUAGACUUUGAAAGAAAUAAGUUUCGGCUGUUGUGGCAUGAUGUUACAAACAAAGGAAUAAUUAUUCGUCAUUGCCAGUGUGCAAAGAAAGUAGUGUCCGAUAGCCCGGUUGCUAUCGGGCUAGUGAAUUCUGUUUUUAACUUGCCCGACGGGCAAGUGAUGUUUUUUGAGGAAUUCGAUGAACAGAAGAACUGUGAAAUCAAUUCUGCUAGUCGAAAAGUUUUUGGGGCUAGUUGAAAUGACGUCUGGGCUAGUAAAUGCUAGCUUUAGCUUGCCCGAAUGGCAAGCUGUAAAAAUGAUUUUCUUUGCACCCUGAUUGCCAACAUGCAGUUUAUUGAAAUUUAUCCAGAGCUUUUUGAACCCAUAGAUCUGGAUCCUAUCAUUAGUGAUGCCUGCUGUUACACAUGCAUUUGGGUCCUCCUUUUUUGAGGCUGCAAUUUUUUUUUGCAUUGGGGGAAGCAUUAGCCUGAUUAUGGUUCAUUGCCAGUAAUCAAUCAUGAAUGUUAUGGUCUUGUGGUUCUUGCAUGAAAGGAGGUGGUUUUCGUGGCCAAUAUUUUUUACCCUGGCUGGCCAGUCAUUUAGGAAAACAGAUUUUGAUCAGUCUGGAGAAUUAAUUGCAUGUAGAUAUUGAGGCCUACCAUAAAAUUAAUUAAUUAAUUAAUUUGUUUAAAUCAGGUGGACGUUGUGGAAAGCAAAGUUAGAAGUGCAAGAUGCACAACGUCAGCACAUUAUGACGAUCAAUGGACCUUGCUGUCCUUGCAGCUGUGGCUCUGAUGUGGAAUUUCCUGUGAGUUGUUAGGUCAAAGAAAUAACCCCAUCAUUGAAAUAAUGUUAAAUUUUGUUUGCCACUGACUAUUUGUACAGUUGAUUAAAGACUUGUUGGCAAUCACGUAAUCUUCAAGUCCCAAUACAGGGCUGUGCUUUAGCAGAGCCCAGUGGCCCCUGGCGCCUAACUUUUGCCCUCAGGCGACCAGAAAAUCUCAGAUUUUUCAUACAAAUCAUAUGCUGGGCACCCUAGUUUUUAAGGUUUCAGAGCACCAAGGGAAGAUUUUCUCAACUAAUUAGUAUAGGCAACAGCAUGAUUUGCAGUGAUAUUUGGCAUAAAUACCACGAGUGAUAUUUCAAAAUUGUUCUACGUAAUUUCACGAGCCAUUAGGUGAGUGAAAUUUGAGACAAUUUUGAAAUAUCACAAGUGGUAUUUAUGCCAAAUAUCACGUACAAAUCAUGCUAUUAUUUGUUUAUACUACUACCCGCAAAAGGUUUGUAAUUUUCACAUGUAGGUAUUUCAAAUUAAGCUGAAAUAUUACUGCUCUAAGCCAAUCAAAUUGCAGAAAUUUCUCAUGUAGUAGUAUAGUACAGUAUAUACAGUGUACUCACUCCGGUGUAUUUAUUCUGGAAAUUCUCGAGAACACUUGUUGAAGAAAAGGGGGUCAUUAUUUCAUCUGAAAUAAAAAUAUUUCUUCUCUACCUGGCAAUACUUUUUCCUUGAUUUUAAUUAAAAUAAAUUUUGCCACCUUUCUUUGAAAAAAGAAGCUUACAAAGUCUUAACAAACUUUAUUCAACAUCUGGGUGACAUAAAGACUUUGCAAAUUGGUGAAGAAAUCUGCACCGUUUUGGGCUUCAUCAGCUUCAUCCACUAUGGAAAAAAACUUUCCUCCAACAAGCCUUCGCUUUAAAGAAGCACAGUUUCUUCUAAAUAUUAUUCGGUCUCAAACAUUUGUUAGAAUUUGGCAUGAUAUCCAGAAAAUCGGGAAACCGAAACUCACUAUUUUAAUGGAGCACUAAGUUCGAUGAUUUCUACUUUGUGUACUAAUUAUAUUUUAAAUAAGUUUUGUCGUUUUACAUUAGGUCAGUUCUGCUGAUGGCAGCAGUCAGAUUGGAAUGAUUUCCAAGCAAUGGUCUGGUUUUGCGCGAGAAUUUUUCACAGAUGCGGAGAAUUUUGGCAUUCGAUGUAAGGAAUGUUACCUACAAAUAUGAUCAAAAUAAGUCCUAUAAAUGCUUUAUAUGAUAGGACAUUUAGUUGACACAGUCGACAUCUGCCAAUUACGUUUUUUGACACAUUCUGCUCUAGACGUUAUACCACAGUGUACAGUGUAUGUUGAAUACUGGGACGGUACAAAUGGCUUGUUCCACACUAAACAAGUUACAUGUACAAGCAGUGUUAGUUUCUUGUUUGUUUUAUUUUCCUGGGAAAGCCUACGUCACUAUUAGGGACAGGUCAAAAAGUAUAAGGGGGGGGUGUUCCGGAGCAUUUGGAAAUGUGGUCGAUAAAAAACACGUGACCCAACCCCUCCCUUCGGCACAAAAAUGACUGACCCACCCCUAAAGCAAGGUUAGAAAUUGCAUGACCCACCCCCUAGUUAAAACAUGGAUGUUUGGUUUCCUCUUAAUAAUCCAAUAAAACCUUGUUCUGUGCAUGAAAACAUUUGUUGAUACACUUCUACAAACAACAUCAAAAUCACAGAAAUCAUACCUUUCACUGAAAAGUUUUUGUUUCGAUGGACGUUAUGAGUCUUGACACAAAUAUACAGCAAAACAAGGGUAUAUUGAAAUUGUCUGUCACAAAGCAUAUGAAAAUUUCUACAAAGACAACCCAUUCCUACACAUUACUUGCCGGAAAUGCUUAGAUUAAUCCUCAAAGAAAAUUUCUUCCACUUCAAUGGAAAGCACUACCUACAAAACCUGAUGGAACUGCAGUGGGCACAAAGACAGCAGUUUUGAUUCCUUUGCCAAUAUUUUCAUGACAUUGAAACAACGACUCUAAGCAAAACUGUCUUUAGAACAACAGUUUGGAAAUGCUUCAUACAAGAUAUCUUUUCCCUAUGGGACAUGAGUAAACCAGACAUCGAAGCCUUCAUUGAACAAGCAAACUUACAUCACGCAACUAUUGAAUUCACCGCCGAAACAUCUGACACUGAGACUGCGUUUUUAGACACGGUUGUAUACAAAUUAAGGCACAAGAUUCAAGGAAAAAUCUAUCCUUGAUGCAAAGACCCAUUUUAAACAAACGGGAACCUUCUUGCACACACAUUUCACCUCGUGUCACCCUCCAAAUGUUAAAAAAGGAUUUGUCAAAGGAGAAGCCUUGAGAAUCCUACAAAAAAAACUUUUCAGAAACAACCUUUGAGGAAAAUAAUUCAAAUUAAAAAAAAAACGCUUGAUGGACUGAGGCUACCCACAAUUUUUGAUAGAAAACCAACUAUCGGAAAUAAAAUUCACAAAAGGGACUCUAAACUCCUAAAACAAAACAACAAGGAGGAAAAAGAAAUAUUGCCAUUUGCGACACAAUACCAGCCCUCAGUGUCUACUACAAAGGAAGCUUGAAUGAAAAAGUGGAAUGUUAUACAAAACUAACUAUAACUUCAAUAAAUUUUUAAAGAGCCACCAAUCAUUUCCUUACAAAAAAGGAAAAUCAUUAAAGGACAUGCUCGUUGGAGCAAAAAAAAAAAAAAAAAAAAAAACCGGUUAACAGAGGGUUCCACGCCCAUAUAGAUGUGCGUGUCACCCUUUGUAUUUUCUCGCACAACAGUUUUGUGAGUAUUUUAGCAAUAAUUCCAGCUGGCGGUGUUUUAUAUAACAAGUGUAGUCAACUGUCUCGUUAGUAGUUAGUGCCUAUCUAUGCAAUAAAAUAGGGUGAGCCACCCCCUAAGAGUAGCUGAAAAUUGCACGACCCACCCCUUGCACAAGGCUAAAAACCUCAUGACCCGCCCCGUCUCUGCUCCGGCCCACCCUCUCCUGUACUUUUUGACCAAUCCCUUAGGCUUAGACAACAUGUCAAAAAUAUAAAAAAUGGGUGGAGGGGAAAUGAUGUUAUUCGACACGUGCGAACGCUAGGAGCACACGAAAAAAAAAGCAAACAAACAAAAACAGGAAGAUCGUUUCUGUCCCAUUACAACGCGUAAAGUGACGCCUACUGUUCUAGUUAGAUUCAGUACUUUUUCCAGCCUUUUUUUCUCGUAUAUACAUUUGAUGAACGCGUCAGGUGUGCUAGUGAUAUCACUCCAUACCCCUACAGUAGCCUGAGGGAGAGAACAGUUUUGGGGCGAAAAACGCAUCGUUUUCCUUCCCUCACCCCACCCCCUGAGAACCUACUUACAGGCUACCUCUCUCCCUUCUUGCUCUUGUUUUGCUUCUUAUUUGUCGCGUUCCCUCCAGUUUGCGUUGAGAAAAUAGGGAGCUUUAGCAACGGCGACGGCAGCGAACACGUUACUUGUAAAAUGAAUUCGCGUCUCUUCAAACUUCGCUGAAAAUGUCAAAUGAAGGCGAAAUUUUCAGGAAUUGAUUUCUUGGGGACCGCACUCAAAUUUAAAAAGACAAAGAAAAAUUCGUCGUGGCCUGUUUACGUCCUUUGUAAAACGUGCUUUUAGACAUUUACGUCGUAGUCGUGCAGUGACGGCCAAGAAAUGCACAAAAACGCGUGAUGCACGUGCAAAGUUGUAGCUUGCUAAUAAAAGCGGUUGCCUUUUUUGCCGUCGUCGUUGUUAAAGCUCCCUAUUACAGAGGCUGUAAUCCCUCUGCUUAAAUAUUGGUCUAGUUUUUAUUAAAUCUGGGCUGGUGGCAAAACCAAUAAACCACUUGUGAAACCUAAAUUAGGGCAAAUAACUCUUUUCUCCCAAGUCCUGGCCGUUAACCAUUUCUCUUUAUUCAGUCCCUCUAGACUUGGAUGACAAGUUCAAAGCCAUUUUAAUGGGAGCUUGUUUCCUUGUUGUAAGUAUUCAUGGCAUAAUCGGUCCCUUUGACUGUAAGCAAGCCCUCUAUUUUGAGUGGCGAGGGAAGUCGUCCGCCAGAGAACGCGCGAGUGAGCGGCGUGUUGCUUCUCGCACCCAAAUGGAGAGUUUGCUUAGAGGCUACGUUGCCCAAAGCAGUUAAACUCAUGUCAAUGAAAAUCACGCUCACAUCUGGAUAAGGGUGCGUUCGAUUAACUUUAUUCUAAAAUAGUCGUUCUUGGUAGUUUGCAAUCACAUGACCAGGCGACCAUGUUGGUUGACAAAACAGUACAUUUUUUGUUCGUUGAAUUUGCACGAAAAAAGAAAUUUAUAGUUGCCAGCGAAGGGGAACGCUUUUGUUCAUGUCAACCAACCCGUUUUCAAAAAUAUCCGAUACAUGUGGAUAUAGCAGGGCCUGACAUUUUAAGAUUGUACGUUUAACCAAUGGGGUUUAGAGUCGAAGAAAAGUUUUUAGCGCUCCUGCUUGGGCCUAAUCUGUCUAAUCUGCGAGACAGCCGUUUUUAGUGUCGUCACGCAACGCGCGAUCCUCUUGUGAGGAGGAGCGUUGCGUGACGACACUAAAAACGGCUGUGUUGCCGACUAGUUUGGGCUACUCGCUACGUGAUCAUCAACUAAUUAUGCCCCAUUCACACCAAAGCUUAUAAAUGUUUUGUUAAACAGGGUUCAAAAUUGUCUCCUUAAUAAAAGCUGCUCACGGACUUUUAGCUAUUACAAAUUAUGUGCAAAUUACAGAGUAAGUUAAAAUUUAGUGAAUUAUUGUGUAAAUGUGUGAGUUCCAGUUGUCCAUCACUGCUUUUCAUUUUUUAAAACCUAGUUUAAUUAAACAGGUUUAGUUGUUGUGAAUGGGUUAUCCUACGGGUUAGGGGGUGGAGACGUAUGACAUUUCAGACUAAACAUUGUGUAUUUUUAUUUUUUUUGUUUGUUUGUUUCUCAGGAUUUCAUGUUCUUUGAACAUCAGAACAACAACAAUUGA